GCCGAACUGAUUGCAAAAGCCAUUGAAAAUAGUCAAGAUAAACGUUUAACACUUUCACAAAUCUAUUCAUGGAUGAUUCAAUAUGUACCCUAUUUUCGAGAUAAAGGAGAUCGAAAAAGUAGUACAGGAUGGAAGAAUUCUAUUCGACAUAAUUUGUCUUUACAUAAUCGAUUCGUUCGUAUCCCAAAUGAAAUCGCAGGUAAAUCAAGUUGGUGGACAAUCGACCCUCGAGCGAAGCAAGUUCGCGGCCGUCGACGAGUUCAAUCUAAUGAUAAUUCGAGUAAAACUGAAAGACGUCGUCUAACCAAAACUGUAUCAAAUGACAGUUCGAAUCCUUCAUCAUUUGAUUAUUUAUUUUCUAAUGAACAAAUUCCUUCAUCAUCAAAUGAUAUUUAUUCAUCUGCGCCAACAUCAAAUCAACGAUCGUUUACAUCUGUUCGAGACAUGAAUAAAAAUCUUUACUCACUUUU